AAAAGUCGACUAAUAUGCCAGCAUAUGUAAAUAAAAGUUUUUGUGUGUAUUUUGAACAAUAAUUUUAGUGUCUAAUAUUUUAAAGUAGAUUUCUUAAAAGUUUUAAUAUUUGAGCAGUAUACAUACAUAUAUUAUGUAUAAGUGAGGUGAAAGUGUUGAAUGAUGAUGAAAGUAUUUUCUUUUUGGGGAUUUUCUUUCUUUUUGGGUCACCCUGCCUCGGUGGGAGACAGCCGACUUGUUAAAAAAAAAAAUACAUAUAAUAUCUUUCUAAUAUUUAUCCACAAAAUUACCUUCAGGGAGUUCCAGUAGGGGUUCACGGUUCCAUCGAACUUUUUGGCCUCUUUCUUCUUGGGAUAUCCAUAGUUAUGCAGCUCCGGUGGCUAGGCUUUCGUACCUUCGUAAAGCAUAAACGCUCCAUGGUUAAAACAGUGGCUUGGGUGGGAAUGAUCAUCGAGGCAAUAGUUGUGAUCGCGAGAAAUGACACCCAGUAUCGUGUUACUCGUGCCCUGCGCCCUAUCUUCUUCAUCGAUAACAGAUAUUUAGGGGGUGUUCGCAGAUUUUUGCGGCAAAUCCUGCAAUCAGUGCCACCGAUCCUUGAGGUAUUGGGUAUCUUGCUUUUUAUCCUCAUAAUUUUCAGCACUCUAGGAUUUUAUUUCUUCAGCCCCAAUCAAGCUGAUCCAUACUUCAGAUCUUUUCAGCAAGGAUUUGUUUCUCUUUAUGUGCUCUUGACUACUGCUAAUUUCCCAGAUGUGAUGAUGCCAGCAUACACAAAAAGCCGUUGGAGUGCUGCUUUCUUCAUUGCAUUCUUGGCCAUCAAUCUUUACUUCUUGAUGAAUCUGAUGCUUGCUGUCGUCUUUGUAGUUUUUAGUGAUAUCGAAAAGGAUAAAUUUAGGAAACUGUUGGUUCAUAAGAGACGAGCUUGUCAGUAUGCAUUCCGUCUGCUUGUAACCAGAUCACAGCCGACUCACGUUCCCUUUAGACACUUCCGGGGGCUCCUGAAAUUCUUCAGACCCAGAGCUAGUGAACGAGAUGCCUACCUCGUAUUUAAAGCCUUAAACCGCUCAAAAUCGGGCUUUUUAUGCCUUAGCGAGUUCUACAAUAUUUAUGAAAUGUGUGGAUUCAAGUGGAGACCUUAUCAGUCACCCGACCCUUGGUUCAAUGACUUUCCUGAUCCCCUCCGCGGCUGCUUUUACCUCAUUCGAAGACUUGUCACGUGGAAGUGGUUCGAUUUCUUUGUCUAUGCGAUAAUAAUAUUGAAUGCAGCGACUCUUCUUAUGAAGACCAUCUUCGUCUCAGCAAGUGGAGUUCCUGUCUCACACGACCUUCGUGUAACGUGGGAUCAAGUAGCUUUUGUAACAUUUUAUGGUGUAGAGGCCAUCUUGAAAAUGGUUGGGCUCGGAUAUAAACAAUACUUUCACUCUGGCUGGAAUAUUUAUGAUUUCUCUAUCACAGUAUUGUCAAUAGCUGGUAUCAUUGCAGAGAAAUUUUCCAGUUCCUUCUUUUAUAUAGUUAUAUUAAGACCAUUAAGGCUUCUUAGGUUGUUCAAGAUGAGAAAACGGUAUAGAGAUGUCUUCCAGACUUUAGUCAUCUUGACACCACGCAUAAUUUCAGCCAUUGUUGUCAUCAUCAUCACCUAUUACUUCUUCGCUGUCAUAGGGAUGGAGCUGUUUUCUGAUUAUGACAUGAAGAACUGCUGUGUGAAUACAACGGUGGAACAAUUCUACAAGGAUGACAACACUACAGUGUAUGUGGAUUACUAUUACCUCAACAACUUUGAUAAUAUUUUUAUAGCAGGAGUCACACUGUUUGAACUAACAGUGGUUAAUAACUGGUUUAUAAUUAUGGAAGGUUAUGCAGCAGUAACGAAUGAUUGGGCCAGGCUGUACUUCAUGCUGUUUUACUUAGUAAUGAUGGUUGUCAUGUCAGUUGUGGUCGCUUUUAUUCUGGAGGCAUUCACAUUUCGCAUGGAAUACAACCAGACAGUGAAAGGAGAUAAGGAUGGGGAUGAAGAGAAUGUAUGUAUUAAUGUUGGAUUAACAAAAGAAGAACUAAGAUUUGUAUAUAGUAGUGCUGCAGAUACUCCAACUCUCCAGCAGUAUGCCAGAGCUCUAGAAACUCAGGGUAUUGUACAAUACGAAGGUAAACGAAGAAGAACAAGAGUUGUCCUUCAGCGUCGAAUGUAUCGUGAUGAAAUUCCUGGUUGGUUGCUGGAAGCAGACAGAGAACAUGAAGACAGUCCAGGAUUACCUACUCCUCGGUCUUUUUCAAGGAGAUGGACUGAGCCAGCAGAUAUAAGCACUCCAUCAGCAUCAGCACAUGAAACCCCUCAGCAAACACCACCUUCUUAUUAUGGUACUCUAAAUUUAAAUAGUUCCACAGAAAGCCAAAGAAAUGAAGUAUAA